GUGUACUUGUAUUAUGUCCUUUUCCUGUUUAAUGUUGAAUCUUUAUGCAGAUAGGAUCAAUAUCAAAAGAAUCACUUUGUGCAUCUGUCUGUGACAUUGGUAAUGUUGUCAAUAUGAUUGACAUGAGAGCUGGAACAUUGUGCUACGGAGACUUCAGAGGUUCAAUUGGUGAUGAUUUGAUGGAUGAUGUUAGAUGUUUUCUCCGAAAAGCUAAGCUACGUCGACAUGGAACUAUCAUGGAUGAUAAGAUGAAGCGCAACAUAAAUGCCACUGAUUCUACUGCUUUUUGUAGAUCACUUCAGGGAAGUGAUGUUAUGGAUUGGGCAAGCAACAUGUCACCAGAAAUUGUGGCCAAAGCAACUUCUAUUAUCAAAUGCCCAAAUGCUGAGCUCAAAAGUGCAGUAUUAGAAGAAAUCAAAGAAACAAAUCGAAAGCUUGUUGAAACACGAGUAGAGAUGGUUGUUGAUAGCAGUGAAGACGAUGUUCACAGACUCGGAGCUGAAGAAAAUAUCAUCAUUAGGUGUUCAUACUCUCCUAUGGGUUUGUGUGAGAAUACACUUGAGCGAUGCACUUCAUCCGGAAUAAUGUUCCCAGAGAUGGUUGUUCUGCAGCUGCUCGUCCUGGGCAACUAUCCUAAAGCAUCACCUAUCGUGUUGGACAAGUCACCUGACCUCUUUAGCACUGAAGAAGUGAGAAACGGAUACAGGGAAGUGAAGCUAAGGUUCAACUUGUGUCUCCGUCAACUUUCUGAACCCAAGUCGAUUACAGAAAUGGCAAAAGCGUGGGAUGUUUGUGCACGACAAGUUUUUAAGGAGUUUGCAGAGCGAAUGGGUGGCGGCAGCUUCAGCUCAGUAUGUGGUGUGUGGGAAAAAUGUGAAGCAGCAGCUACCUAAAAAGCUGGGUAACAACUAAUCUUUUUCACCAUAACACG